AUGUUUGCCCGGGCCAUCCAAAGGAGGCUCGCUUCCUCCGUUUUACGGAAUCAGAGCGCUCUGCGCAACGUCGCGCGGACGCAAAGGCGGCAUAUCACGCGCGCUCCCAAGGCGGGCGAGACGCUGAUGGAGCGCCGUGCCGAUCGCGAACUUCCAGAUGUCGAGUCCGUCUCCUUCCGCUGGUCCCGCUCCCUCCCCAUCUUCUUCGGCCUCAUCGCCCUCUCCUCCAUCGCCAUCUUCAACUACCAAAAGUCGUCUUCCUCCGUCAUCGCCUCGACUCUCUACGCGCUGCGCACUAAUACGCACGCCCGCGAGCUCCUGGGCGACGAAAUCUACUUCCAGCACCGCAUCCCUUGGAUCUCGGGCGAGCUCAACCAGCUCAAGGGCCGCAUCGACGUCCACUUCAAGGUCAAGGGCACCCGCGGGUCCGCCACCAUGACCUUUAGGAGCUUCCGCCCCGCGGCCCGAGGCCUCUUCGAGACCGCCGAGUGGAGCCUCGUCAUGGAUGGCGACGAGUCUGGGAGGAAGAUUGACCUGCUAGACGGAAAUGAUCCGUUCAGGGCCAUUCCCGGCGCACACCUAAUAGACGACGAGGAUUCCUAG